UUUUAUUCUCAAAAUAGGCGUUGACACUAUGGAUUUUCAAAGAUCUUAUCUUCUCCACUCUCUCUCUCUAUAGCGCGAUUUUACUCUUUUAUCCUCCAUUUACGGCGUUUUCCUCCGGCGGGGUUUUCGUGAUGCUUCUUGAAGAACAGGGCACGCAGAGAUCGUGCAUCUGUAUGUUGGGGUUUAAUAGAAAUUGAGUUCGACCCUUUCUAGAGAUUGAAUAGAUUGAAAAUGGGUCGUUUUUAUAUUUCAAUUUCAUUUUGUAUUUUUGAAGUAAUUUAGAUUUUGCCCUUUUGGGAAUUGGGUUUUUUCCCGGAGUUAAGUUUAGGGUUCUUCAGAUUUAGGCAAAUUCAUGUAUAUAUUGGGCGUUUGAGAGGAAAAAAAGUGGCGAAAAUGAGUCUGAGGACGGCGUCUGAUGAUUCUGCGUCGGAAAUCCAUCUUCCGGCGGAUAUAGACUGGGAGAUGUUGGACAAAUCCAAGUUCUUCUUCCUCGGGGCGGCGCUAUUUUCCGGCGUAUCGGCGACGCUGUACCCGGCGGUGGUGUUGAAAACGCGGCAACAGGUGGUGGCGUCUCGGAUCCCCUGCCUCGAGAUGGCGAAUUCGAUGCUGAGGAAAGAAGGGCUCCGGGGGUUCUACCGAGGGUUCGGGACUUCCCUCGCCGGAACCAUCCCGGCACGCGCACUGUACAUGGGCGCGUUGGAGAUGACAAAGAGCAAUGUGGGGACCGCCACUGUUCGGCUAGGAUUAUCUGACCCCACCGCCGCUGCCAUCGCCAACGCUGCCGCUGGUCUGAGCGCCGCCAUGGCGGCUCAGCUUGUGUGGACUCCCAUAGAUGUGGUGAGCCAGAGGCUAAUGGUUCAAGGGUUUAUAACCCAAGAUGGUGGAGGUGGGCUGAAGAGCUACAAUGGCGGAAUAGAUGCGUUCAGGAAGAUACUCUGCACCAAUGGAGUGACCGGACUGUACAGGGGAUUCGGGAUCUCCAUCCUAACCUACGCCCCGUCCAACGCCGUGUGGUGGGCCUCCUACUCCGUGUGCCACCGCGGGAUCUGGCAGCUGAUCGGCUGCCGCGGCUGCAAGAGGGAGGAUUCCGGCGGGUACAGGGCGGACGGGCGGGUUGUGGUGGCGGUGCAGGCGGUGAGCGCCACCCUGGCGAGCGGCGUGUCGGCUCUGGCUACGAUGCCGCUGGACACGAUCAAGACGAGGCUGCAGGUGCUGGACGGGGAGGCGGCGGCCGAGAGGCGGAGGACGCGGCCGACGGUGGCGGAGACGGUGAGGGAGUUGGUCAGGGAAGGCGGUUUCCGGGCUUGUUACCGGGGGUUGGGCCCGAGGUGGGCUUGCAUGUCGAUGUCAGCCACCACCAUGAUCACCACCUAUGAGUUCAUCAAGCGACUGUCCACCAAGAAUCCAGAAACACCAGUGUUCUAUUGAGUAGAGUAGGGGGGGUGGGGGUGUGGCGGGGCCCGUGGGGUUGUCGGGAUUCGAACUUGGGUUGAUCUCGUGUGGGACCGACCUCUCGACCAACUAAGCUACGCCCCCGGACAUGUUAUGGUUUAGUUUUUUCUUAUUUUUUGCAUAAAUGUUACUGUAUGAUUUAGUUUAGCUAUGGCCUCGAUAGGCUGCCAUAUUGUUAAUAUUGUGAAAUGAAAGAAAUGCAAUAAUUGCGUUGUGUAUAA